AUGACAAACGUCCUCAAGUUCUGGAAUGCAUCACAUAUUACUUUCCAGAAGGGAAAGACUGUUAUCAUCACGGGUGCCAACUCUGGUAUCGGCUAUGAGGCAGCACUCGAGCUAGCACCGUUGUCCGACACGUCUGGUGCCGGUAAUGUGCAGUUUAUGAUGCUCGAUGUGAGCGACCUUGGCAGUGUGCAGAAAUUCUCACACAAGUUCAAAGAGAAACAUGAUCGGCUGGAUCUUCUGAUUAAUAACGCAGGGACCAUGUCGUCUCGUGUGGUGAAUGUGAGUAGUCUCACACAUCGGAACGCCAAACUAGAGCAUUUCAAGUCGGGGUCCCCAAUUAUGCGCCAAGAUGGCAGAGAUUACGGCGAGUUGGCAGUGUACGCUGAGUCAAAGCUGAGUAACAUACUGUUUACUUUUGAAUUGACUCGACGUCUCAAUAAGCAUAAUGUGCUGGGCGUGACUUCUGUGGCUUGCCACCCCGGCAUUACGUCCACGAAUCUGCUAACCCUGGUGCCACAGAAGGAGGAUUCUUUAUUCGCCUUUUGUGGCGCAUUUGUGCGUUUUUGCCUAUUUUCCAAGAUGUAUCGGCCCAUCUUGUACGCUCCCACCGGACCUGAUGUUGAGAGUAAUGACUACUACGGACCUGGUAAUUUCUUUGGAAUGUGGGGUCAGCCGAAGCGUGCUCAGCCCAGUGCCUCGGCUCAUGAUAAAGCUGCUGCAGAAAACCUGUGGAAUGAGAGCGAGCGACUGGCUAAGCUUAGGUUCGACUUGUAG